AUGUCACAGAGGGGAGCACGGAGGGUGACCGAUGCCAAGGAAAAACAUUCGUUUUUUGCCGCGAAAACGGCAAGCCACAAGUCACAGGCUCAGACAGGACAAGAUGGCGACGGCAGUGGAGAUGAACAGGAAAUUCCCCAGCCACAUUCCCCACAACAGCCUGCUCCCAGCACCAUGCAAAUACAUG